AUGAGUGAUCCAACAGAGGCUGUCGAUUCCGGCCUACAGGAUAACAGACCGCCUGAAUUUGGCAGUCGGCUGAAUGGAGCCGAACCAUGUUCUAGUCGAUCAGUAAUAGACCGAUGGGCCUCACAAGAUGGUACGACUACGGUCCCCAAUUCUCUUCGUGCCCCACCGUCUUUGUUCCAUAGAGGCAAUGCCAUGAUGAACGAUUCUGCGAAUCAUGGAGCGGCCCCACAUAAUGAUGCUAGAGCAGGACCUGUUCCUCGGAUGAUCAUACCUGAAAUUCUACGAUCUCGCUCACAUCCAUUGCCUACUCGGUUCAUACCGAGUCAUGUUCAAUCCAAUGAAUUUGGAGUUAAUACACCUACGGCAUUUCUAUCCAAUAAUCAUAGCGGGCCAAAGUCGAAUGCAAUCCAGUUUCAUCACCCACAUGGCCCGCCGACUACUAGGAGCCUAUUCCACCAAAACCAAUCUGCCGAGGGCGUCGUGGCCCACUCAAUCCAAUCCAAUGGCCUCAGUAGGCCGCAGUUUCGCUCCGGAGCUCCGAUACAAGAACUUGGAGGUAAUUCAGCUGCGGGGAUUCCCUCCAACAGUCAGACUAGAAGCAUGAUGCAUAGUAACAAUGGGAGGAUGAACCCCGCCCAAUUGAAUAUGUUGCGCCAUCUUCACAGCAAGCACAUUCGUGCAAAAGCCAUGGCUAGCGGCACCGUCGGAGCUGGUUCGAACCCAUCUAAUAUCUUCCAAACACCACAAGCUUCAACACAAAAUCAGAUGUUGGGGCCUAGCGAUGAGAUUCUUGGAUGCAACAGAGUCGACGGAGGAUCUGUAGAUCUGGAUGAAUUAGAGCUUAUUGAACCGGACCCAGAAGGUAAUCUGUUAAUACUGAGAGAUCCUGGUCACAGUGCUGCUGCUUCGAGCUUUGAAGUGUCUGAUACUGAGCAAGCAGAGCAAGUGGGCCACUCGGAGAUGGCAUCGGCACUCAAUGCUAUCAGAGAUUUUCUCAAUGAAUUGCCUCGAAUCCAACGGCACCAAGGUUAUCUGCAUAAUGUCAUGGGCCCAGAUGAUGAACUGUUUAGUCCUACUGCUUCAAGUGAGUCCCGUAGCAUCCAAGCUGCAUCGAUCGAUAAUGGGAAUGUCGAGCAGGCGGGCCUGUCCAUUGCAAAUCAGGUGCCUGGAAUCACUUCUUAUUUGUGCGGCGAAUCAACUCUCAUCCGAGCACUUGAAGGUAAUCAAUUCAAUCGUGGCCGCCCAAAUGAUCAGCUGUUCUCAUCGAACGGUUGCCAUAGCUGCGAAAUUGGUGCAAGUUCUACAGCUGUCACGGAAUUUAAAAGAACCCCAACAGAGAGUUGCUUGGAACCGACCAUUAUGGGGGCCACCGGCAGCGUUGUGGCCCAUGAUCAAUCUGGAAAACCCAAUUCCUUGGAUGAGGAUCUAACCAUCCAACCUGCUAAAGAUCUUCAAAUCCAAGCUAAUAAGAGCGGGCCAACAACAUCUUCUGCGGAAAAUCCCAAUUCAGUAAAUGAGAAUGGAGCUACUCCAAAGACUAGGAAGAGAAAACCGCGUCAGCUAGCUCCUGCAAGAAUUCCUCCAAUUCUCCGCAAAGUUAACACAAGAUCAGCAAACAAGGGCCAGUGUUCUCAAUCUGGUAAACAACUGGUGGAACCGUCUCAAACGGCCCCACCUCAGCGUUGUGUCGAUGGGUCCACCAAUGUUUUGACAUUGGUUGCAGCUAACCCAAGAUCGGUAAACAAGGGCCAGUGUGCUCAAUCUGCUAAACUGGUCGAACCGUCUCAAACGGCCCCACCUCAGCUUUGCGUCGGCAGGCCCACCAGAUCCUCAGACCAUACUCAUGGCCCUCAGAAAUGGGGAGUUCCAGACUGACAUCCAGCCUCCUCUCAUCAUGGCCAAAGGGAGCUGCCAGGCGUGCUGGGGGGAUCUGAGCUCCACUUCAGUGGGGCCCAGCGAACCUGUUCGAGUCCUGCCAUGCAACCAUGCCUUUCACAAGCAAUGCUUGAUUUUUAUGACUACUGCAGAAUGGACUGGCGAUCACCCUCCGUGCGCAAAGUGUGCCAACAGCAAGCCUGGGCGUGAUCAUGGACCAUGAGAUUUUUUAUACUUUGUACAGCUUAUAUGUAUUUAAAUGCACCUUAUUGGUCAAUGACUUCACUUCUUCUUAUCUUCAUAUCUUCAUAUCUUAAAGGUGCAUUUGGAUGCUUUGUCGAAAUGAGUUAUAAUAUCUUGACAUAGAGGAUUUAUAAUGCUGGGUAACCCACUAAAAUUAUUCUUUACAUUUUAUGAACUGAAUUUAUUUUGAUUCAAUUCGAUGGAGCAUCCAAACACACCUAACAAGACAACAUUGAGGGUGAUGAACAUUUUAUUAAAUCAGACAAUAAUCAGACAUGUUUAUGCAAUUGCACUCGUCCAUCUUAAUUUUACCAGUGAAUUUAGUCA